AUGUGCCACAAAGUGAGAGAUGGAAGAUGUAUUAACAUAUGGGAUGACCCUUGGGUCCCCAAAGAACCAGAUUUUAGGCCAAAACUCAAGGCUGGGGUGGCUACAAAUAUCUUGCUAGUAGCUAAGCUCAUCCACCAUGAAUCAAGACAAUGGGAUAGGGAGAAAAUUUUUGAGUUAUUUGAGUCUCAGUCUGCUAUAAGGAUCCUCAAUAUCCACAUUCCUGCUUUCCCAAAGUGUGAUACCUUAUGCUGGGGUCUUAGUCCAUCAGGUGAGUUUACAGUAAAAUCAGCAUUUAUGUUAAAAAUGCAACAAAGCAGCACCUCACUUGGGUCAAUGCAUGAAGAGCACUGGAAGAUGUUGUGGAAGAGCAAAAUGCAUGAGAGGCUUAAGCUUCUUCUCUGGAGAAUUGUCUGCAAAUGUCUUCUGGUUCGGGAGAUUCUUAGUAAAAGAUUCCCAAUUCCUAACAUAAGCUGUCCAGUUUGUGGGGAAGAGGCUGAAACUGUCGAACAUGUCUUUAUACGUUGCCCCAUCACAGUCCAGGCUUGGGCUAACUCAAUUUGGCCCCUAAACAUGAAUGUUUUCAAAGAUAUGAAUAUUGAUCAGUGGAUAAAGAUUAUAAUAAAUCCACUUGAAAAGUUAAAGAUCCAAGGCAAAGAAGCAAGGGAGUUUUCUCUUUUUGUAGCGGUGCUCUAUGACCAAGUUUGGAAGAAUAGAAACCAAACAAUGUGGGGAAACCAACCAGUAGACUCAAUAAAGCUCUCCAUCCAAAUAAAUAAGGUAUUUUCUCAACACAAGCAAGCUUGGCUUUCUAUUCUUGGGAAUAAAGAGAACUCCCCCUCAUGGAAGCCCCCUCCUCUUGGAUGGAUCAAAUGUAACUUUGAUGCAGCAAUGAAGCCUAAUAAGGUGGUGCUGGCAGUGGUUUGCAGAGACAGCAACGGAUCCAUAGUAGCAGCUGAUUCUCAAGAAGAUUGCCUAGGUGAGCCCUUAUGGGCGGAAUCUAAAGCAGCUCUCUUAGCAGCUAGUUUGGCCCGCAAAGAAGGUUUUGCUAGAGUUGUGAUAGAAGGAGAUGCCUAA